AUUGAGUUUUAUUAAAAGGGACUGAAAAUGACAUUCAAAUGAAAGUGACAGCAGUUUACACAAAUCAAAAAUAAGAGGUGGGAGGAACUUGAGAUGGGCGUGGCUAAACUGUAGUUUGGGUGCAUCGCAGCGCAUACACAAUGGCUGCUGGAAAGAGGGGAAAGCAAACAAUUUUCAGGCCCGCCGCGUCUAGCAAAAAAUAUGAGAAAAAAAUUAUUAAAAAUUCGGAAAAUAGUUGAAAGUCAAGAAAAACUCAACAGAAAGGAUGUUAAAGCAUCCGGGGCCUCUGAGUCCGGGCGUUAUUGAGCACAUAAAACUGGAUAGGGCAAUUGAAUCGAUACUAGUUCGGUGCUGAGCCCCUCUCCAUGUAGCUGAUCUGCCUUAGGGUGCCAUGGCCACGGGAACCCAGGGCCACCGUGACCACGUCCUGGAGAAAGCCAAGCUUGUGCCGGCCACAGGGAGGCGUAGAAGAGCAGAGGGGAAGCCGAAGAAGAAUUUCCCCUGCCAAGUGUGCCAGAAGGCUUUCAACAGUGUGGAGAAGCUGAGGGUGCACUCAUACUCUCACACAGGAGAAAGACCCUACCGCUGCUCCCAUCCCGACUGCACCAAGGCUUUCGUCUCCAAAUACAAGCUGCUACGGCAUAUGGCAACUCACUCGCCAGAAAAAAACCACAAGUGUUCAUACUGUGAGAAAAUGUUCCAUCGCAAGGAUCACUUAAAGAAUCACCUGCACACUCACGACCCAUACAAGGAGGCGUUCACCUGUCAGCAGUGUGGCAAGAGCUAUAACACCAAGCUGGGCUUCAAACGCCACGUAGCCCUUCACGCAGCCAACAGUGGAGACCUCACCUGCCAAGUGUGCUUGCAGCCCUUUGCCAGCACAGGGGUUCUUCUGGAGCACCUCAAAACCCACGCUGGCAAGUCCUCUGGCGGGACCAAAGAGAAAAAACAUCGCUGCGAGCACUGUGAACGGCGAUUUUACACCCGUAAAGACGUGCGGCGCCACAUGGUGGUGCACACUGGACGUAAGGAUUUCCUUUGUCAAUACUGUGCCCAGCGCUUUGGUAGGAAGGACCACCUGACACGUCACGUGAAGAAGAGCCAUGCUCGGGAGCUGAUGAGGGUAAAAACUGAGCCAGCUGAUUCGCUGGAGCCCUUUGUCUGUGACCUAGCACCCGGGGGCAUUAAAGGCGAGCUCCCCAGCAUGCUGGCACCCCGACAGCUUCAGCUCAACAUGUACACAGGUGCCGUCCUGGACACAGAGCCCUUCCCCAACCCAACACACCCUUUCUCUUUAAAGUAUCCGCUGGGCUCCAACUUUACCUCAUACACCGUCUCCUCACAGGAGCGGGAGCAGAACCUAAAGGGAGAACUGGAGACCUACCUUAUGGAGCUGCAGAGCACCAUGCCUUCCUCUUCAUCUACGGCCGAAGACACUCAGCUGUCCGCCUCCAAACUGGAGUUGGAACCACAAGUGGGCAUGCUGGCAGAACCAAGUGAGGAGGUCUCCCUGUCCAAAAUCUCUACCCCCUCAGCAGCAGCCACUGUGGCAGGUGACUCGCUGGCUUCAUCCUCCUCUCUGCUGGACUUCUCGCAACUCUUCAACUUCCUGCCUUUGAACGGGCCUCCAUACAACCAGGCAAGCAGCAGCGGAGGCCUGGGCGUCCUCUACCCACCUGCUGAAGAGCAGGCACCUCUGGUUCAGCUGGGCCCCCAGCCUCCUGAAGGCCCCGAGGCUGCAGAAAGCCCCCUCCAAGGGCUCACCUCCUCCUUCAUAUCCAGUCUGAGCACACCCACCACACUGCCCCGCUUCCACCACGCUUUCCAGUGACCCAGUAUGUACACAUUAACUCUGAUACAGACCUGCUUGUCAAGCUGCAUGUCCACACCAGUCCGCUGCUCUGGACAGAGAACCAUGCCAGUAACACAUUAGCACUUCUGUCCAAUGAAUCUCAUAACAUGCAGAGAGAACCAUGUGUUGAUCAGCAAUGACAGCAGUACACACACACACACACACACACACACACACACACUCACACUCACACUCACACACACCUCCACCUCCUCCAUGUAGCUUUCCAGUGGGUACUGUUUGGAUGUUUAGAAGAUUUCAGUUUGUUAUCGUUUCAGUCAUUCACUGACAGUUGGCAGAUCCUCACCACCACUAUUCCCUCACGCUAACCUUUCAGUCAUGUCAGUUCACACAUUAGUUCAUUUUUUGAGUUAUGAGAAGUGUUCAUGUAGGUGAAUUAAAAUAGAAAUGAGAUUGCAGUGAUAUUUCCCUUUCUAUACCUAUGCCCCUAUGUUUUAGAGCAGUUUGACAUUAGUGUGCAGUUUUUGCAUUGUAUUUUGUUUUUCAUAUAGCACUUUGAACUUUUGUGAUGUUGAAUCUCAUCACAUCUGAUCUUUUGUCACACAUCUUUGUUUUUUUGUGGUAGGAUUUGAAGCAAUCCACACAGCAGAAAUCCAUGUUGUUGUAGACUAGGUACUGAGUAGCAACUACUGAGCGGCAGUAUUAAAGUUUGAAAAGUUUUUUUUGUUUUGUUUUGUUUUGUUUUGUUUUGUUUUGUUUUGUUUUGUUUUGUUUUGUUUUGUUUUGCUUGGCAAAGUUUCAUCUUAAUUCUUCAAUAGGGGGCUUUUUCAUGAACUUUAAGCUCCUCCAGCCCCAAACCAAAGUGAACCAAAUGUAAACAGGCAUGGCUGCUAGUUGUUGAAAUACAUGCUGUUCUGUUCAGCUAGCUGAAGGAUCCAUCUCAAACUAGUUGAGUGAGUGUGUUUAAUGUGUGGGCAUGUUCCAGUAUUCCCCUGUAGACUAUCACAGCAGCCACAGUCAGACAGCUAAGAUCAGCCAUGUAUUUGAGCAUCAGUAAAAUAUACUCACUCUGAAACCUGGCAUAUUAUGCUUUUAACCGUGGGAUACACACACAUAUGACCCCCAACAGUCACAGUGCCACAGGCUGAUCCAGCCAGCUUGCAGGAAAGGAUUCGUCUCAGCUGCCCAAGUGGUCAUGAUUCAUCAUAGAAAUGAGUGCCAACUAACUAUCUCAUAUUAAUAGUCAAAAAAACAAAACAAAACAAAAAAAAAACUAAGCUGUGUCAUUGCUGAUGGUUUUGAACAUGGUUACCCACCUGUUCCCACUCUGCCCUUGUUCAUAUCAUCUUCCUUUAUUUAUUAAAACAUAGAUAGAAACAGUUUUGUCAAGGAAAAAAUAAACACUCCAUUGAUGAAGAAAAUUAGUGGAAAUGAAUAGUGUAGCGAGAAUAGCAUAAUCAGGCACAUGAACUAUAUCCUUAAUGAUGUUUUCAUGUGUUUACUUUGGUGUAGUAGGAUUUUGACUUCUAAGAAGUGUAGUGACAAAUAACUGAUAGAGUCCUUAAUGUAAAGGCUGGCCAUCAGUCAGCUUUGGUUUCCAUGUAGUUUGAGUAAAACUUAGUUUGCAAUCAUUUCAAAUGUUGGAGUGAAACAAAGAAACAAACACAUUUGAGUUAUGAUGGGAUGAAAGUUGCAUUAGCUCAUAUACAUAGCAAAUCUUAACCUUUGAAGGGUUUCUACUUGUUCAUCUAUAAUUGAUAUGGUCAAAUAUGUUGAAGGCAAUAUUUCAUGACUGAUCCAAACUCUCCUCAAUGACAUACAGAGCUGAGCUUGUUAUUAAGUUUUGCUUUGAAGCAGAGACAUGCUAUAUUUCUAUUAUGUGCAGUUCUUCAAAUCAAGAGUCAGC